AAUUAAAAUUUAAUUUUAUGUCAGGAAAAUAAAAUUCAAUUUCUAUUAAUUCUUAUGUAAAUCGAGUUUUUUUCGAAAAAAAUAUGACUAAUUUGGCGAUUGAAAAAAAAAGGAAAAAUCGACUUUCAUUUUAAGGAAAACAAGAAAAAAAACCAAAAAAAAAAAUUAAAUUGAUUGAAAAACUAAAAAAAAAAAGUGCUUAUUUAACUACAGAAGUAAAAAUAAAUAAAUAAAUUCACCUUUCAAAAGUUUAAGAUACAAAAUUUGGCCUUUAUUCCUAUUUUCAUAACUUUCUUUCAACCCUUUCAUAAAAAAAAAAAAAGAAAAAAAGAAAAAUGAAAUCCAUCAACUCAUUUGAUAUGCAUGAAUCUUCAUUACAGAAAACUAAUUUUUAGACCAAUCUCUUCACUACACCCCAAGACAAAUUGACACCACUUCUGUAUCUUCUUCCUCUAUAUAUAGUUAACACCAGCCUCCCCCCUCCCUCUAUUCCACUGAUCACACACUACUGCACUGCACCACCCUUUCACACCAUCCACAGACACUAACACAGACAGAGAAAGAGAAAGAGAAAGAGAGGCAUAUAUACAUUUGCAUGGAGAUUGCUUUUAUCUUAAUAUACAUGUGUCUCUUUGUAUCUUGUCUACUCUCUUAUCCCUUGCUCAUCAUCAAGAAGAAGAAAUGGGAAUCAAAACCAAGAGCAAGGCUUCCUCCUGGGUCAAUGGGAUGGCCUUAUGUAGGUGAAAGUCUAAAACUCUACUCUCAAGACCCAAAUGUCUUCUUUGCUACAAGGCAACUAAGAUAUGGAGAAAUAUUCAAGAGUCAUAUAUUGGGGUGCCCUUGUGUGAUGUUGGCUAGUCCUGAGGCUGCAAGAUUUGUGCUGGUGACCCAUGCUCACUUGUUCAAGCCAACAUACCCCAAAAGCAAAGAAAAACUAAUUGGACCUUCAGCUCUCUUUUUCCACCAAGGAGAGUACCACAAUCACUUGAGAAAGCUGGUUCAAAGUUCAUUAUCACCAGACACUGUCAAGAAGCUCAUUCCUGAUAUCCAAUCCACAGCCAUUUCUGCCUUGGAAUCAUGGGCUGAUGGCCAUAUUAUCAACACCUUUAACGAGAUGAAGAAGCUUUCUUUCCAAGUGGGCAUCCUUUCUAUCUUUGGACACUUGGACAGCAACUACAGAGAGAAGCUAGAUGAGAAUUAUCAUAUAAUGAAUAAAGGUUAUAAUUCGUUUCCAACAAAUAUUCCAGGGACUGCUUAUCAGAAAGCUCUCUUGGCCAGGAAAAAACUUAAUCAAAUACUAGGUGAGAUAAUCAGUGAAAGAAAGGAAAAGAGACUGUUAGAGAAGGAUCUGUUGGGUCGUUUUCUCAACUUUAAGGAUGAAAAUGGCCAAAUUUUAACUGAAGAUCAGCUUGCUGAUAACAUAAUAGGAGUGCUCUUUGCAGCUCAAGACACUACUGCUAGUGUUCUAACAUGGAUUCUGAAGUUCCUUUAUGAUGAUCAGAAACUCCUUGAAGCUGUCAAGGCCGAGCAAAUGGCAAUAUACAAAGUGAAUAAAGGAGGAAAGUUCUUGACGUGGGCACAGACAAGGAAUAUGCCACUUACACAUAAGGUUAUAUUAGAGAGUUUAAGAAUGGCAAGCAUUAUAUCUUUUGCCUUCAGGGAAGCAAUAAUUGAUGUUGAGUACAAAGGAUACUUAAUUCCAAAAGGGUGGAAAGUAAUGCCAUUGUUCAGGAAUAUUCAUCACAAUCCAGAACUAUUUCCUGAUCCUGACAUUUUUGACCCAUCAAGAUUUGAGGUUCCUCCGAAACCCAAUACUUUCAUUCCAUUUGGCAACGGAGUGCAUGCUUGUCCUGGCAAUGGACUUGCAAAGAUGGAGAUGCUCAUCUUCAUUCAUCAUCUAGUUACUAAAUUCAGGUGGGAAGUGGAAGGAUCAGUGGAUGGGAUUCAAUAUGGCCCAUUUCCAGUGCCCCAACAAGGACUACCAGCAAGAUUUUGGCAAGAAUCAAACUAGUCUAUCAAUAUUUAUCUGCCUUAAAAUUAAAGAUAUAUUACUUUUUAAUUAUCUCCCAAUUCACAACUUUCAUUACUCCAACCCCAUUGUUUUUUUCAUGGGGUCUUCAUCUCUAAUAUUUACCUUAUUGUUAUGCAAGUGGUGAUCCAUUAUGUAUUGCCUUGAUAAGUGUUCUCCUUUAAUAUGAUCUUACCUUAAUUAACUCAA